AUGUCAAUUCAUAAGUUUAGAAGAAAGAAGAUUUUAGAAGGUUAUGGAAGAUACUGGGAUUUUGAGGAGAAUGCUUUGCUUACAGCUGAAAAAUGUUGUGCCCUUGACCAUGAAGCCAAAUUCAGGAAUCUAGAACAAAAUGAUAAAGAAAAGAGCAACCGUAUUGCUAAAUUGGAUGAUGAUAUCAAGGAAAUCAAACAAUCAUCGGCUAAUACUAAUAUUUCUCCUAAAAUAAAUUUUGACAAUGCAUCCAACUUUGAUGUAUGCCAGGAGUCAAAUUCACCUAUUCUAUAUCGUUAA